GAAACAUUUCUGAUGCUGCUCCAGUGGCUGUUUACACGGUAGUCAGUGCGGCGUGACAUCAGAGUGCAGACUUUAUAAAUGUCAGCCAGCCCAGAGGUGGGCGAGACAGACGGAGCUCGCUAUCAUGGACCGACCGCUGUGUGACUGUGUGAUAGCCUUGGCCCUGCUGCUGCUUGCUGUGGCCUCACAGGUGUUUUGUCAGCUCUGUGAUCGGCCUUGUCUUUGUCCUCGUCCCAUCCCACAAUGUCCCCCGGGAGUCCCCUUGGUGCUGGAUGGCUGCCGGUGCUGCCAAGUGUGUGUGAGGCAGCAGGGCGAGCCGUGCAACCAGAAGUUCCCCUGUGAUGCCCAGAGGGGGCUGAAGUGUGACUACAGCGCCAGCUUCCCUGGAGGCCCUGGGGAGUGUGUCAGUCAGGAGGAUAUGGCCUGCGAAGUCAACGGAAUCAGCUACCAAGAUGGACAGUCCUUUCAGCCCUCAUGCGACGUCUACUGCCACUGCAGAGGAGGAGGUGUGAGCUGCGUGCCCGCUUGUCCCCUGAAUGUACGCCUCCCCACACCGGACUGUCCCCAUCCACAGCAUAUCCAACUCCCUGGGAAGUGCUGCAAGGAAUGGGUGUGUGAGAACCUGGAGAACUCUGUCCUUCAGGAUGCCAUCACAGCCAUGAGACCAAACGGGCAGCGGCCACCACCCCUGGUCCCAGCUGCCUCCACUUGUACCGAGCAGAGCACCCAGUGGAGCGCCUGUUCCCAGAGCUGCGGGGCCGGGAUCUCCACACGCGUCUCCAACCAGAAUCCAACCUGCAGGCUACAAAUGGAGACUCGCCUUUGUAAAGUGCGACCCUGCCAUUCACAACUUCCCUUGACAAGCAGACCAGUGCAGGGGCAGCAGGGCCAGUGCACGGCCAGCUACACAUCACCGGGGCCCAUUCGACUCGUUCACCAGGGCUGCUACAGCACACGGGCCUACCAGCUCCGCUACUGCGGACGCUGCACCGACUCCCGCUGCUGUACACCUUACCAAACCUCCACGGCCGAGGUGACCUUCCGCUGCUCCACUGGCAGGCUUCUACAGCGGGCUGUGAUGAUGAUCCACUCGUGUGUCUGCCAUAGCAACUGCCCUUACUCCCCAUUCAGAAACCCCGCUCUUUGGGGGUACAGGCCCUGACUCAUCACCCUGGUAACAACUAGACUUCACUGAACUUUGACAUAACUCACAGUCUGAUUCCAUGCAGCAACUCUGAAAGAAACUGAAAUGAUGACGUGGCUAAAAAGGCAUCAGUAUGUGAGCUAGGAAGCGGUUAACAUACUGACAUCAAACAUUCAUGUAUUGUGUCAAAUAAUGUGAAUAUGUAUCCAACAAAGCAUCAGCACAUGGGUUUUAAAAGUAUGGCACUGUGAGCAGAUAAUGUAAUGCAGUUGGCGCUUCCUUUACUCCCUGAAAAAGGAGCCUAUUUUGUUAUGCUUUCUGCUCACACCAGACUCUUGUUUACUUUCUCACCAUUGGACGUAAACAUCAAUUCAUUUUGCCUUUAAACAUAAAGUUAGCUUAGAUUUUAAAAAUAUUUUCAAGUGGCUGCGCCUUCCCUGCAGUGUUUUCACACUUGGAAAACAUCUGCAUUUGACCAAAAAGUCUUAUGUGCAAUGUGUCAGCUUCUCUGAGACAAAUAGCGCCGCCACAAUAAAACUCUUUAAUUUGGGAGAUUUAAACUUGUGUAUUCAAGUCAUGGCUCACUAAACAUGACAUGCAUUAAUCAGCCAGACCAAUGAACUCACGGAAUAGUAAAGAAAUGGUCUGUUUUGUUAGCAUUGCUAUGUGAAAUCCUGAAAAUCCAGCUGGUUAGACAACAAAUACGUUUGUCCCCCUAAAAAAAAUAAGCUAUCAUUUGAGGGCUUUUCUAAUCAGUCAUAAGAAAUGUUUACUCAAAUUUGACUGACAUACUUGUAUACAUCCCCCCAGAAUGACUCUGACGUUAGCAAUGCAGUGUGUUUGUAACACUGCCGCUAUGAUUUUGCACUUCUUUUCUGUAAAUAAUAUUGGACUUACUGUUUCUUACUUUCAUGUCUCAUGUUUGUGAUGGACAUUAUUGUUGUGAAAUUUUUUAAACGGCAUGCAUUUUACAGUGACUUUUGUGUUACGCGUCGUUUGUUUUUUUUACUUAAUAUUGCAGGCU